GAUGUCCUUGAUGACUAAGCAACUGUGAGCGACAUCAUGCAUCGCUUGCAAACACAGUACCUUUUCCCUUGAUCAUAUCCUUUCUUACCCUAUGUGGCUCGAUCAUCUGCUCCGCCUUCCAAGCGCCUGGCACCCGCAUAUAUAUAGCAAUAUGAGAUACAUCACUGAGUUGCAUAAUCGAUACCGUUUGCUAACCCACUCCUCGAAUAAUGGUCCCUGCAGUUGAUGGUCAUUUUGCUAUCCUUGCUGGCAUUUCUCUUUCCUUUGUCGCUGUCAAGGCACUUGGGCGGAUCAUCAAGAAGCGACAGAAUAACCUUCCUCUUCCCCCUGGCCCAGUGCCGCUCCCAUUGUUAGGGAACAUCUUAUCUGUUGACGCUCUGGAGCCUUGGCUGACUUAUACCGAAUGGAGGGCUGCGUAUGGGGACUUGGUCUUCGUGCGAAUGCUAGAUCAGGAGAUUGUUGUGGUCAAUUCUCAGCACAUUGCAGAAGCCUUAUUGGACAAGCGUUCUCGGAUCUACUCCGAUCGACCAUACCUAUCCACUCUCGAGCCAUAUGGCUGGUCGAUCAGCUUUGCAUUCAUGCGUUAUGGCGAUGAAUGGCGUCGCUGUCGACGACUCUUCCACCAAACUUUCCGUCCCGAGUCUGCAGUCAAAUUUCGCCCAAUGCAGAUCAGGCGGGCUCGUGAGUUAGUCGUCAACCUAGUCGAUGACCCUCAACAUUAUCAUGACCACCUCGGAACAUUUUCAUUAUCUGUUGUGAUGUCAGCCAUAUAUGACUACGAUAUCAUCGCUCGUGACGAUCCUCUGGUGCGGAUCGUGGUAAAGGCAGUGGAUCGGAGCUCGGCCUUGUUGACCCCAGAGAGAGCAUUAAUGCUCGAGACCUUUCCUUUCUUACUAAAGAUACCUGACUGGUGCUGGGGAUCCUCGAUCAAGCUCAGUGCUCGAGAUUCGACCAAGCGCGUCAAUGAAAUGGCCGACGUGCCAUUUCGAUAUGUGCAACAGCACAUGGCGGACAGCUCGUUCUCCGUUCAAUCUUCAAUGGUCGCAGAAAAUUUGCGACGGAUGGAGACGCAAGAUGAGGCUUUCAAACCUGCAUUCGAAAAUAUCUUGAAGAAAGCAGCUACUACUGGUGUUGCGGCUUCAUAUGAGACAACUUCGGCAACUUUGAUGGUUUUUGUUUUGGCCAUGGUAUUAUAUCCAGACGUUCAGAAACGCGCACAAGCAGAAAUCGACUCGGUGGUUGGGAGAGAUCGGCUGCCAACUUUCGAGGAUAGAGCAUCGCUACGCUACAUCGAUGCAGUUGUACGGGAGACUUUCCGAUGGCAGCCUGUUGUACCCCUUGGCUUACCGCAUGCUACUUUGAGUGAUGACGUCUAUGAUGGCUAUUUCAUUCCAAAAGGCACAAUCAUCAUGCACAACACAUGGGGCUCUACUCGGGAUGAAAAGCGGUACCCCGACGCAUCUCGUUUUAUACCGGAGAGAUUUAUCGACGUUGAUGGCACGCUAACAACUGAUGAUCCCGCACAAUAUAUUUUUGGCUUUGGUCGGCGUAUAUGUCCAGGGCGGUAUACUGCUGUUGCCUCUGCAUGGUCUGCCAUUGUGACCAUGUUGGCCACAUUGGAUAUUUCUUUUGCCAAAGAUGACCAGGAUAAAGUGAUCAGCUUUACACCCACGUUCAUCGGGGGAGUGGCUCGCUUUCCUGCAGUCUUCCCUUGCAGUAUUUCGGCACGGUCUCACAUUGAUUCAGACCUUGUAGACAGCUGGCGAACUGCCGAAACUUGAAAGAAGGGAUGAUGACAGUGUCCCCAUCCGUGGCUGAUUGGGGCAAUAGAGGAGUGAUCAAGCGAUCGUUUACUUCCUGCUAGUGUAUAUCAGAUGCGAUAAACAGUAUUGGUGUGUCCAGCUAUUGUGUCGAUGGUUCUGUGAUGGUGUGCCAGAAUACACUGCGUUAUCUCUGUUUCA